CAAUCUGCUGCUGUAUGGCUGAAGUGGACAUACAUAUCUUUACUGGAUGUGGACAAGGCCAUUUUGCUCAGAAUACAUUUGAUGGGUUUUUUUCGUUUCUUACUCACAAUCAAGAUGAGGGGAGUGUGGUUGGCGUCUUGGAGGUGUGACCAAAAUUUGGAGUGGUGGGACCAAAGAAACUGUAGACAAUCUUCGUGGCGAGUUGUACAAGGUGUAGAAACAAAGCAACUUCUCAUAUUCCGAGGAUAAUUUCUGUGGUCCUCUGUAGCGCGAUCAGCCAUGUAACAACAGCAUGUGAACGUUCCACCAGCUGUCAGAAUGUUGCAGGCCUGCGUGUUUCCUAUACCUCGCCCAGGAAGCAGACAGCCAUUAAUACAUCCUGGCAUUUGAGAGAUUACAUCACCACAAGUCACAUGCCUCUUUACAACAUCUGUGUUGACAACGAGCCUUGAACACAGUAACCUGACACGUAACCAUGUUGUCAGAUUGUCACCCACCAGGAAACACAAGGUCGGCGAGGCCGACCCACUGCGAAUGUUAUUUUCAAAUACCUGCAAACGCAGAAGUGAAAUCUGUCCCGGUCUCCUCUCUACCGCCUGCCAUUCAGCAGAAGAUACGUCGCCUCGGCAGCUGCAAUGACAGUGACACAGCGCCUUCCGUCAUAUGUGUGUCGCAAGUUACCAAACACUACUUCCCAGUGAGCUGCCAACCGGGCACAUUCAAUGGAGCCAUGGCGGAUAUGCUUUCACCCGCAGAGCAUCCCCUCUAUGGACAAAGUCGUUCGCCCCCCAUCAGACCAAAUCUACGGCCCAUGGAAGAGAACAUAGACCCUGCAGCUUGUUUUGUCCCAGUAAAGUCCUCUAAGAAAACCGCCUCUACAAUACUAGAAUUAUUACAGGCCGGUGACCUGCAAUACAUGGAGAAUGUGCUGCCGCAGCGGGGAGAUUUCUUUUGUUUUAAUUCAAGCAUUCUUAGUAUUAAAGCCAAUGUUCUGUGUAUGCACAAAAACAGGAUGUAUCUCCUGCCGGAACUCCCAGCAAAGGUUUCCCACGCAGAUGCCAAUGUACAGGAAUUAUCCACCAGAUACCCCGGUGACACCACCUCCAGCUCUGGCUCAAUAAUCGAUAUUUCCAGUAACACGGAGGAUGAAUUUAUCUUCCAAGACCCAUGGUCGGAGAUCGAUGACCUGAGUCCUGACAGUGAUACAUCAGUUCGGCAGGAUGACCUUGGCAAAAUGACAGCAGAUCCCUGUAGGUCUGUAGUGGACAAAUCAUCAGUCACUGUGAUACAGAAGGAUGAGAACGGGGGUUACCUAGCAGAAGAAAUUCCUUCCACCAAUGAAAAUACAGCUCUGAGACCAACGCGUUUCACUCAUUCUGAGAUAACGGACCAGGAAUUAAUUACCGGAUACCCCAAAGACACCAUUUCCAGCCCUGGGACAGGCACUGCCAGUAAUACAGAGGAUGACUUUUCCUUAGACUACUCUUGGUCGGAGACUGAUGAUGUGAGUCCUAGCAGUGACCCAUCAGUCCAGCAGGAUGACCUCGGCAAUAUGACUACAAAAAGUAGCGGAAAUGGCAAUCGCUGGCCUGGAAGGGACAAAUCCUCUGUGGCUGUAAUACAGAAGGACGAGACCAGAUGUCACCUAGAAGAAGCAAUUUAUUCCAAGACGGAAAAUCCCUCUCUGGGACCAACGCAUUUCACUCAUCCUGAGAGAGAGGAACAGGAAUUAAUUACUGGAUACCCCAAAGACACCAUUUCCAGCCCUGGGACAGGCACUGCCAGUAAAACAGAGGGUGAAUUUUCCUUAGACUACUCUUGGUCGGAGACUGAUGAUGUGAGUCCUAGCAGUGAUCCAUCAGUCCAGCAGGAUGACCUCGGCAAUAUGACUACAGAAAGUAGCGGAAAUGGCAAUCGCUGGCCUGGAAGGGACAAAUCCUCCGUGGCUGUAAUACAGAAGGACGAGACCAGAUGUUACCUAGAAGAAGCAAUUUAUUCCAAGAAGGAAAAUCCCUCUCUGGGACCAACGCAUUUCACUCAUUCUGAGAGAGAGGAACAGGAAUUAAUUACCGGAUACCCCAAAGACACCAUUUCCAGCCCUGGGACAGGCACUGCCAGUAAUACAGAGGAUGACUUUUCCUUAGACUACUCUUGGUUGGAGACUGAUGAUGUGAGUCCUAGCAGUGAUCCAUCAGUCCAGCAGGAUGACCUCGGCAAUAUGACUACAGAAAGUAGCGGAAAUGGCAAUCGCUGGCCUGGAAGGGACAAAUCCUCUGUGGCUGUAAUACAGAAGGACGAGACCAGGUGUCACCUAGCAGAAGCAAUUUAUUCCAAGAAGGAAAAUCCCUCUCUGGGACCAACGCAUUUCACUCAUUCUGAGAGAGAGGAACAGGAAUUAAUUACCGGAUACCCCAAAGACACCAUUUCCAGCCCUGGGACAGGCACUGCCAGUAAUACAGAGGAUGACUUUUCCUUAGACUACUCUUGGUUGGAGACUGAUGAUGUGAGUCCUAGCAGUGAUCCAUCAGUCCAGCAGGAUGACCUCGGCAAUAUGACUACAGAAAGUAGCGGAAAUGGCAAUCGCUGGCCUGGAAGGGACAAAUCCUCCGUGGCUGUAAUACAGAAGGAUGAGACCAGAUGUCACCUAGAGGAAGCAAUUUAUUCCAAGAAGGAAAAUCCCUCUCUGGGACCAACGCAUUUCACUCAUUCUGAGAGAGAGGAACAGGAAUUAAUUACCGGAUACCCCAAAGACACCAUUUCCUGCCCUGGGACAGGCACUGCCAGUAAUACAGAGGAUGACUUUUCCUUAGACUACUCUUGGUUGGAGACUGAUGAUGUGAGUCCUAGCAGUGAUCCAUCAGUCCAGCAGGAUGACCUCGGCAAUAUGACUACAGAAAGUAGCGGAAAUGGCAAUCGCUGGCCUGGAAGGGACAAAUCCUCCGUGGCUGUAAUACAGAAGGACGAGACCAGAUGUCACCUAGAAGAAGCAAUUUAUUCCAAGAAGGAAAAUCCCUCUCUGGGACCAACGCAUUUCACUCAUCCUGAGAGAGAGGAACAGGAAUUAAUUACCGGAUACCCCAAAGACACCAUUUCCAGCCCUGGGACAGGCACUGCCAGUAAUACAGAGGAUGACUUUUCCUUAGACUACUCUUGGUCGGAGACUGAUGAUGUGAGUCCUAGCAGUGAUCCAUCAGUCCAGCAGGAUGACCUCGGCAAUAUGACUACAGAAAGUAGCGGAAAUGGCAAUCGCUGGCCUGGAAGGGACAAAUCCUCCGUGGCUGUAAUACAGAAGGACGAGACCAGAUGUCACCUAGAAGAAGCAAUUUAUUCCAAGAAGGAAAAUCCCUCUCUGGGACCAACGCAUUUCACUCAUCCUGAGAGAGAGGAACAGAUUCCUGUGAGGAGGAAACAAAUCAAAAGAAAAAUAUCCUCUUUGGACAAUGUGGAAAAUGUAAAAAAGACAAAUGACCUUGAGGACUCUGUAACAAACCAAGAAACUAAAACUGUCCAUACGUUAUCCAGCUUCUCCGAUACACUUCCAACGUCAUCUUCUGCAUCUCUUCCUGUGGGGUCACCAAAUUCUCCUUCUGGUCAACCUACAUCAUUCCUGCCCUGCCAGCAAAGUACAGGAGCUGACUUGUUCUCCAUACCCACCCCACAAUAUGGUGUUUCCCUGAUUGCUCCUAUUCCAGGAGGAACCAACGCUGCUAAGGCCACAUCAUUUUCCUCACUGGCCAUGUCCAAAAGUAUCUCUAGAACUGCAGACAGUGCUGAGCCCAUCCAGUGUCACACAAUACCAGCCAACAAAUCGUCCCUAAGUGACAGCAUAUCGCGGCCUGAACUUACAUCGCUUCUUGACAUCGAUGAGACAACCAAAGCUGAGCGAGCACGACGGCUUGAAGAGCGCGUGAGAGAAAUGAAUAAGAUAGUUGAGGAUAUGCGCAUGAAAAAUCAAAAGAAUUAAAGAUGUUUUCACACUGUACAAAGUAGGUACUGUAAAACCUUGCACUUAUGAAAUAAAUGUGUAUUCUGUGUCCUA